GUGUCAUUAUUUAACUCCGGCUUCGCAAGUUCUCAAGCAUGUCACAUUCCACCAGUUGUCUAACAAAACAGCACAGAACAGUUAGAACUGGCGAAAGCUUGACCUCCCCCCCGCGAAAACACUUUUCCCGAUUCAUCAGUGCAACACUGGGCCAAGAUCCCAGAAAAUGAGGCCAAUGGAAUUUCACAUCAGACUUGGACCACAUUUGCACAAACCAUUUUUCUUAAUCCCAAUUUUUUUUUCUUUCAAGCAACCUAAUUUAUACUGAUCAGUAUCCAAUCUAUGAAACCGAAGAUGAGGGCAGGAUUUAAAUUGUGGGUCCAAGUUCAAACAUUAUCACUCAAGUCCAAAAUCAAAAGUCCAAAUCUGGAGGAAAAAAAAAAAAAAAAGCACCAUUUCUGCAACAAGUAUCAAGAAAAAGUCAUCAUUGCCAUAUAAAUAACCAGUUACCAUUCCAUUUGAGCAUUGUUACCUCACACCACAUGUUACACACACACACCCGCACUCGUGUCCUUCUGCCCGUCCCGCAGCAGCCUGUCUGGACUCCGGUGUGUGUGUGUGUGUGUGUGUGUGUGUGUGUGUGUGUGUGUGUGUGUGUGUGAUAUAAACAGGUGUGAGAUACACAUGCAGGAAAAAAAAAAAAGACACACGCACACAAACGGGCCACGAGGUGAAAGGUAAAGAAUAUAAAAGACUGACCUACAAGACUGACCUGUCAUAAAAUGUGUGUGUGUGGGGAGGAGGGGCGGCGGCGCGGGGGUUUUAAAUAUUUUAAUAGCCAGUAGUCGAUUAUGUGUAAAAUGCUACAAACUAUCUUGCCAAACCCCAUUUAAUGUGUAAUUUCAGAGAUGCUGCGGGCUGUUUUGGCGCACUUCCGCCAUCUGUUGGUGAAAUGGCAAUAUUGCAACCAAGUAAAUACCUAGUAGAUAAAAUACGAUUGUUUCGAGUUCAAAUGUUUGAGCUUCAUUUUCACCCCCCCCCCCCAAAAAAGCCACUAACAUGUUUAUAUAUUUUUUUGAAAGACGUGGUUACAUUACGCAGGUCACUUCAAUAUAUUUUCGUAUUUACGUUACGGUUGAAUAGUCAAAGCACAGGAUAUAGAUCCGGGAGGUCAAGAAAAGAAUUCCUAAUCCAAUAUUAACAGUAGCCCAGGAGACAGAACAAUGAAGCUGGUGGCAAGGGGGCCUUAAUUAAAAAAAGACCACCCAGUGCGUCACAUAUUGCAUCCCAGAGCAUGUUAGCAAAGGAUUGCACCUUUGUUGUGUCAAUAAGAAACAGCCCAGUAAAUUACCCAACAACUUUUAGUGCAAUAUUAUGAACAUUUACAUUUCAUUCUAAGAUUAAAUGAAUGUGCACGCUCGUGUUUAGUGACGAAAGUGAAAAUAUUACAUAUCCUCAAGUUAACUUCAAAAUAAAAUACAUUCGCUUGUCAUAAGCGCCACAAUGCACAUUCAACGUUGAAUUCUUGCUAGUUUGAAUAAUCAUUUUACUGCUAUGACUAGCAUAAUGUUUGACGAUACUGAGAACUUUUACCGUCCGAGUAUCUUAAUUUGAAGUAACAAUUAACGAUACUUCCUUUGCGAAGCCGUCUUGCUUGACAAAUAACCAUGGCAACCGCGUCACGCCAGCCGUUGUUACAUUCAGCUCGCGAGGGGGUGACGUCAGAGACUUGUUUUCAAUCGGAACUUGGUUCUCACUUAUUUCGGUCUUGUUUUGUUCAGAAAUGGCACCACCUGUGAAGGCUCGGUAUGGCUGCGACCCGGCAAGGAAAUGGAGACCCACAGCAGCCCUCUGCCCUUCUUUGAAGCGUACGGGCGGUGGUACGGGUGCUGCUGCGCCUCCUCUACCGCCACCCCUCUGGCACGCUCGCCACCACCCAGGACAGAUCCGGGGGGCGGCCCCUCACCUGCCGCUCUUCCACGGGCGACACGCAGAAGAGAGCGCCGAGCGACCCCGUCUGGUCACGGUCGUGCAUCCUAGUCCAAGCGCACCGCGGAAGGUGACGGUGCUUUUAAACCGCAGGGGCGUGGUCUCCUUUGAGCAGCUCUUACUGGACGUCUCGGAAGCGCUCGGGUUUCCUCGUUGGCACCGAUCCCGAGUGACUCGCCUCUACACGGCUUUUGCCCGAGAGGUGAAGAGCGUUGGCGAAUUCUUCCACAGCGACACGGCCCUCUUGGCACUCGGCAAAGGCCGCCCGGAGCUGAACGCCCUGCACGAGGCGCUGGAGGAACUGUUCCCGGAGCAGUCCCGCUACCGGGCCGAAGCACUCCUGGUCUGGGAGAAGAAGCUCCGACCGGGGCCAGAUAAAGCCGCUAAGGCAGACAGCGGCUACAGUGAGGGGAUGGAGCACAAGGUUGCCACGGAAGAUAGACCGCCACCCGAGACGGAGAAGUUGAGUAAAGGCGCGUCCAGGAAAGCAGCUCAUCAUCCAAACCACCUGCAGAAGCUCCGCGUAAGGGGCAGGGUCUACGAGGAGAUGCCACCUGCCAUUGGUCAAUUUCAACAAGAGCAAGAGAUGGACUUUGCUCCUCUGUGUGAAAACUGCUUGGCGAGAAGAGCCAAGCGUCCAAGUCCGGAGUGGAACAAUCCGUUUUCAAGAAGGGCCCCAUUGCCUCCCGUGCGCAGGAAACAAAUGGGAAGUUCACCCCAAGACUCAAAGAGCCUUCCUGCCAUCUCGAGUGAAUUCUCGGCGCUUCGCUCGGAGGGCAGCGAGGUCGCCGAGGCUGACGUGAAUCGCCUCUACGAAAUGGCGCGCAUCCUGGGGGAUGGCAACUUUGCGGUGGUGCGCGAGUGCCGGUGUCGCGCCGAUGGCCGGACGCUGGCCGUCAAGAUGGACGAAACGGCGGUCAUGGUGGCCGACGUGAGCGAGGCGCUUAAAUACAUCCACCGCAGGAGCGUGGUCCACCGGGACGUCAAACCAGAGAACCUGCUGAUCGUUCACACGGUUCCUGGCAUGACCAGACUAAAACUGGCCGACUUCGGCCUCGCCAUGGUCGUGAGCGAGCCGGUCUUCACCAUCUGCGGCACGCCCACUUACGUGGCACCCGAGAUUCUAUCCGCGACAGGUUAG